AGACGUCCGAGAGAGCGCAAGGAAAACAUCAGCCGGCGCGCGCGCGAAAGAGAGAGAGAGACGGCGCUAGCGCUCGGGAGCGGGGAGGGAGACACUUCCGAAUGCGUUUCGGCACGUAUACUUAGUCGCGUUACACUGCCCAUGGAAAGAGAAAGAGAAGGUGCAGUGCGUUGUGCGAGAGCAUCGUGCGAGUAUAGAAGAGCAAAGCAGCUGAUGUAGUCAAAGAUGGCCGGUCGCGACACAAACAAAUAGGCAGACAAGAAUCCCAGUCAUGGACACCAUCGUCGUGAUCCUGCAGAAGGCCGACGACCAGCUGAGAUGCUGAAAGUAUUCUUCAAAUAGAGCCAAGGAGGAUAUCACAUUGAAAAUGGCUUUCGAUCCUAGAAAUGUGAAAUAUCCUCCGGAAAACAUACAUCACCCACAAAACAUGGCGCCGUAUCAUCCAUAUCCCAACCAUCAUGUCAUUCAACCAAUCCAUCGAACAGAUGAGAACAGAAAUGACAACCAUUGUGGCAACAAAGAAAUGUGCCCAACCAUUUCUCAUCAAUCCUCUGGCACUCAGACUAUUCAGAAAGUUGACGCAGCCACCAUGACAGAUCCACUGCAGAUAGACUUUAGAUUGACCUCAGAGUAUUUGGCCCGCUGUUCAGGUCUACCAUAUGUUUGCAAAUACGAUGACAAUAGCAAUAAUUCAUCGUCAAUACACAACUGUCAGGAGGUUAAACCAAAAAUUGAAUAUGAUCUAGAACCACAGCGUAUAAAUGGUAUUCUAGUGUACAACUGUCCAGAGUGCGCGUACCGUUUCGAGGACCGCGAAACCCUGCAGGAACAUCUCGAGGAUCACAAGCAGCGUCCGCACGUCUGUGACAUUUGCGGUGCCAGUCUCAAGCGCAAGGAACACCUGGACAGACACAAGCAGGGCCACAACAAGGACAGGCCCUAUCAGUGCAACACUUGCUGCAAGGCCUUCAAGCGCAACGAGCACUUGGCCCGUCACAUGGUUACCCAUUCUGGCAGCAAAAAUCAAAUCUGUACCGAGUGCGGCAAAGCCUUCUACAGGAAGGAUCAUCUAAAGAAACAUCUGCAAAGCCACGGAAAUCACGCUAGCGGCGCCAAAAGCAAGAGCUCGAGCAGCUCACAGAACGGCAUGCACUCGACGAGUAACGGACAGGAAAACAAUAAUCACGAGGAGGGAUUGAGUACCUUCGCUAUGAUGAUGAGGCAGGCUGGUCCUCCUCCCUUUUCUAUUUUGAGAACUUAAGAUUGACCGGAACGCGUUGAAUAGGUUUUUCGUUUUUUCUUGCUAACGUCGAAACGUUUCGUUAGCGAGAUUUCAGUGAACUGCAGAUUCGUUACAAUCUGCAUGCAUUAACAGUAUAGGCAAUCGUGUCGUGUAUUUCCGCGGAUUGCAAUUGAUUUAAUCAAAAUAAAUAAAACAAGCGCGAAAAGAGUCAGGAAGCGAUUUUCGUUAUCUACAAUUGUUUGGCAUUAGUUUUAAUUCUUGAAUCUUUGAUUUAACUUUUUUUUCAAGUUUACACUUUUUUGAAAACUAGUAUUAACAUUGGUUUUUAUAUCUACAUAAAUUAUACAUUAUUUUAAUCAUUUAUUAUUAUAAGAUAUUCUGCAUGUGUUAUUAGACAAAGUAAAUUACUUGUAGAUGCGAAUCAUUUAGAAAAAGAACGUUUGUCCCGAUAAACUUUUCAGUUACCUGGAUAAAUUUAUCGCCAAAUCUUUCUUAUUAUGUGAAAAAUUUUCCUAGUAUAAGGUCAUUAAAAUAUCGAUGAAAUAUACGCGGUGAAUUGAUUAAAAAAUAAAACGAAAUCAAGACUCAAGUCAAAACAGUACUUACAUUAUAUUCCAAGAGCGAAUAACUUUUAUUGUUAUAUAGCUUAUACGUAGGGAAAUGAGAAAAAGUACGAUAAAAGAACGCUAAACAGAGAUUUGCAGCCGCAAGCGUAUUAUUCCUACAGGAUUCUUAACAGAUAUUUCCCGAUGUGUAUAAAGUAGUUUUACGAUACUUCGAAACACGAAAAAUGUGAACGAUGCACGCGAAUAGACUUUUGUUAAAUAUACGAAUUGCAUAAUUAAACGUUAAAAAUAAAUAUGUACGUGCGCCGAUUCGUACGAAGAGUAAGUGCUUUAUUUAUGAGGGAAUAAGUUAGUGAUAUAAUGAAUAAUUAUCAUUCGUAUUAAUCGAUACAAUACGAUGAUUGAUGAAAAAGUUGUUGAAGCCAAUGCGUAAGUUUUUCAUUAUUAUAUGGAACAUGUACAUUUGAUCGAUUUUUAGAUUGACAAGAUUGCCUUGGUUAGCAAUAUAAGUUAUAAUUUACAUUUAAAAGAACUUAAGCUUUAUUAGGUAACGCGAAUCGAAUUUUCCUUAUUAAACCGAAAUGCGUGAUUAUUCGGUUAUUAAUAAAUGUAUUAUACAAAAUUAUACCAAUUCUAAUUUGAAACGUUAUAUACCUUUUCCCGUUUGUAUUUUUAUAAAUCAUAAUUUAUAACAUUUGCAUUAAUUCUUAAUCAAAAUAAAAUAUUUCUUUAAUAUUA